UGAUUGUGUAGGAGGUUAUAGGCUGUAAUGGAUUUUCUCGGCGGCUUUUGCCUCGGGGACACCUUGCGUUUUGGAAAUGGCCUUUUUUUUUUAUACUUCGAUCGGAGUUGGUUAUACUUUUAAAUUUUCAAUCCGGAAAUUUAAUUGCCGUUGUCGGGCUUUCGUCGAGCUGACGCGUCGUAAAGGCUGGGAAGUGUUAAGUUGUACAUGUGACGGUUAAUUGAAAUUCGCUUUUCAUUAUUUGAGUCUUUAUCGCUAGUUAAGAGUGUCAAUAUAAAUGGUUAGAGAAAAACUUGGUUCUAUUUACGAACGAAAAUCAUGGCGACGAAGCUGCUCCUUCUGCUUUGCCUCUGCGCUGUUGCUUUCGCCGCUGAGGAUGAGACUGUUUGGUUCGAGCCCAAGACAUGGACGGGACCGGGUGUUCUGCCGGAAGAACUGAGGGAAGACGUGACUACGAUCAAUUGGGAUGAUACAACAGUAUCGCGCCGAAGGAAUAUGGGUUCUGAAACUCCAGAACUGCCUCCGACAGUUGUAUUGCGACCAAACAAGCGCCGCGCGGUGAGGAGAAAGUUUGAGGAUUUAUUAAAAAUCAAAGAUAUCCCUUCACCCUCUAAAUGGAAAGAGCAAACUGAGCAAGUGCUGUCAGUUCGUUCAAUGCCAAAACAAAAGGUUCCGGUACAAGCAUACGAUGAAAAAGAUUCCGUAGCGUUGGAAAAGCAGCCUAUUCGAAGAUACGGUGCCUAUCCCCCUAUGGAAGCCGGCCCUAACUGGUUGGGAAUGCUGGGGUCGUUUGGCAGUGUUAAUAAUUUUGCAGAUGAAGAAACGAGAAGACAAGCGCCAAGCGUAGUUGUAAACGAGGAAAAGAAUGUUGAUAAUUCCAAAGAUGAAUCUCAGCUCAACAGAGCCCUCGAGGUCGAAAAUACAGAAGCCGAAGAAAAAUCGUCUUUGAAGACCCUACCGGGAGAGAAGCAGGCCGAAAUUGACAUUUCCACUUGGCAAAGGCCUAAUUGCAUUUGUGUUAGACGCACGACGGAAUCGCCGAUACAGACAUCUAGACGCGAUCUCGACGGUUCCGGUACCCGUGUGGUUUAUCGAAGGAGAAAAUCAACUUCUAUAAAAUGCUCUUGUUCUUCCGAUGCUGUGACCAAAAUGCUGCAAACACCUCAUGACACGCGAAAUGAAAUGGGUGAUCAAGAGGACGUUCCGCAAGACCAGGAAGAAAAGUAAAUCACGUAAAUUAAUAAUAAGUGUUUGAAAUUCACGCAUGAGUUUACAUGCGAAUGAAUAAUGUAAUAAAGAAAAAACAAAAAAUAAAGAAAUUUUCCAAACAUA